AUGGUCUCUGGCCUUUCCCUGCCAGACGUUAAUCGCGAGGACUCGCCAUUCGCCGUGAGUUCGCCCAGCAGCAUCCUGAACGGCAGUUGUUGCCGCCCGACCCCCGACCCUGCUUCCGAGCAUGGCCUCCUGCCCAACCCCGUCCAGCAGCUGUUCGGAGGGGAUGUUGAGCUGCGCCAGCUGCGCUGCGGCGUGUCGUGCGACGCCGGUGGCCGCGCCUCCAACGACGACCGCCACAUCCUCUUCUCCACGGCCGUGGCGGGCCGCCCGCGCUGCACCGUGGUGGCCGUGCUAGACGGGCACCAUGCGCACCACGUCGCCGCGGCGGUGAGGGACGAGCUGCCCCGCGCGUUCGUCGCGGCGCAGGCCGCCGCGCGCGACCUGGCCGCCGCGCUCUCCUCCGCCGUGCGCGCGCUGGACGAGCACGUGCACGGGCUGUAUGCCGCAGGGGCGGUGAGCACCGGGGGCACCACGCUCCUGGCCCAUGUGCUGUCCGACGGCGUGCUGUACACCGCCAACGUGGGCGACUGCAAGGGCAUGCUCAGCGUUCGCGGCGCGGGGGAGGCGCUGAACACCUGCCACAACCCGGACGUGCCCGGGGAGCGCGCGCGCUUCGCCGACGCGGGCGUGGCGGUGUCGGCCGACUUCAUCCUCGCCUCCGACAUCAACGUCUGCCGCUCCAUCGGCGACUGGGACCUGGGCUCACCCCUGAAGUGGCGCGACGAGGCGGGGCGCCCGCGCGGCCCGCUGGUGGGCGACGCCGAGGUGACGGUGCGCGCGCUGGACGGCCGCGACGAGUUCCUGGUGGUCGGCUCCGACGGCCUCUGGGACUACUACUCCCCGGAGUCCAGCGUCGUGUCCGACGCGCGGCGCGCGCUCCGCGCUUUCCACAAUGACCCCCAGGCCUGUGCGGACUGGCUGGUGAAGCAGACGCUGCUGCGGCAGCGGGCGGUGCUGCACUCCGGCACGCCGGGGGACAACAUCACCGUGGCCGUGGUCUCGCUGCGGCCCCUGCCCCAACUCCCGCGCCACUCCAGCUCCCGGCUGAAUCUGAGGGCCGCGCUGCCGGAGGAUGGGCGAGCCGGGGAGUGCAGCGCCAUCCAUGCCCGCCUGCGCGCCCGGGUGGAGGAGGGCGUGGUGGACAUCCCGGGGCACCCGCAGCACAGCUGGCAGGUGCUGCGAGGGAAGGACGGCCGCGUAGCCAGCGCUUGGGCCCUGCGCGCCGCGCAGGAGGUGCUGCAGGAGUCCUUUGACCCCAUCGUGGACAUGGUCACGGGGGCGGACCUGCUGCCGCUCAUGCUGCAUGCACGCAGCCACCGUGAGUGGGACUAUAAAGGCAUGCACACACUGCUCCUCCGGCACAAGGUGAUCAAGAGCGGCCCGCCCUCCGUCCCAAUCGUGGACCUCGAGGAGAGGCUCAGGGACAGCCAGGAUCGCCUCGCUGACGAGGGGUUCGAGGAGCUGGGACGCAGGCUCCAGGCAACUUGGGCUGAGCUGCAGAGGUGCCAGGUCGUCCAUGUCCUGGGCACCGGCAUCCAGCGGGAAGUCGGCGCGCCCCCAGCCAUACCCAUGCAGGAGCAGCCUGCCCUCCUCGCCUUCCUGCUCUCCCUCCAGGGCUCCUCGCCCUCGGUGCGCCGGCAAAGCCUCAGCUUCCAGACCGAUGCCGCCAGGGCCGGGCACGGCCGGCUGGUGGAGGCCGAGGCGGCGCGGCUGUGGACGCAGGCCCCGGACCCCGACGCGCUCACCACCGCCGCCGGUCCGACGAGCUUGCUGCUGCCCGCCGAACUGCGCCUGCCCUACGCGGCCUUCGAGGGGCAGGAGGGCGUGCACGGCCUGGCGGCCAGACUGAGUAACCGGCCGCAGUGGGAUCCACUGAGCCAGGCCGCGCUGGACGGCAGUACGAGCAGUACGAGCGGUACGAGCGGUCAGCGCCCCGGCGCGCUGACCCUGCCCAGCCGCCUGGCGGCGCAGCCGUCCAGCGUCGCCUCCCCGCCCCCGCUGGGCCUGCCGCUGAGCCUGCUGGGCCUGGACUCGGCGCCCGGGGCGCUGACGGGGUUUGACCCGGGGACAGAGGGGCUGGCGCCCGACACCGACGGCGCCUGGGCCGUUGGCCCACGCCGCGUUGGCAGUGGUCGAGACGGGCCGGGCGCGGACAUCAACGCCGGCUGGGCGCCCCUGCCCGAGGCCGCGCUGUGGACGCUGGGCGACACGGAGGCCGCGGCACUGGGCCUGGCCGCGCUCCGAGGCUCCACGCUAGCACUGGCUGGGCUCGAGGAGGGCCUGGCCGAGGCGCGGGCCGAGGCGCCGGCACCGCGCCUCCCUGCCGCCCUGAGUGUCCUGGUGGACCUGCAGGUCGCCGCGCGAGAUCGCGCCGCUGUGGAGGCCCUGCUUUCUGUCAGGGGUAUUCAUACGGACUGCAAGGGGCAGGACGUCGACGACGAGACGCGCGGCCCAGUACAUGACGGCGGCAAGGGCUCGGCCGACCCCACCCACGACGACGACAAGAGCUCGGCCAGCGUGCCGCAAGGACCCGUGGGCCGCGCUUUCCUGGCCGCCGUGCGGUGCGAGCUGCGGGCACUGGACCACUCCCUGCUGGAGCUGGGGCGGAGGCACGGCCGCGUGCCUCUGGCUCGCGUGGAGGUAGGCACGCGAGGCGUGCGCCGCACGCUGUCCCUGCUGUGCACGCUGUGCUCCGCGGCGCGGCACGCGCCGGACCAGGCCGCUCUGCUGGAAGUCCUGCACGCCGCCGCGCAGGGCGGCGCGCGAGACGACGCGGGGGGGUACGCGCGCCGUGUUUUCCUCGCCGCGCUCGAGCCCUAUGCCGCGCACGCCCUGGGCUGGGCCUACGGGCUGGGCGCGCCCGACCUGGAGCUGGCCAGCGCCGGGGGCCAGUCUGUCGAGGCCCUGCCCUGGCGCCCAGAGUUGGUGCAGAGGGAGGGGUGGGUCGAGGACGCCCUCCCGGCGGCAGCGCUGUCGAUGGGUGAGAAUGACAGAGCCAGCGGCGAGAUGGCCGGACCAGAGCAUGUCCUGCCAGGGGACCCACCCUCCUUCCUGUCCUCCAUCCGGGGGCCCUUGCUGGCGGGGGGCCUGCAGCUGCGCCUGCUGGCCUCCCUGCCAGGCGAGGUCUCCGGAAGCCUGCUCGCCGACCUCCUCGCGGCUGCUCCCGGGGCAGGCGACGCGUACUCUCCAGCAAACGGGCCGGGCGCGGGAUACCGCGACUGCCUGGCGCAGGGGUCCCUGCCCUCCACAGCCUCGCCGCCCCUCACCCUGCACGACCUGGACCGCCUGCGCCGCGCCAACGCGGCGGGCGAGGCGCGGAGAGCCGCGGCCGUGGAUGCCUGGCUGGCCCGCCUGGCGAGUGGUAGAUCAGAGCAGGAGCGUGCCGUGGCUGCGGCCGCGCUGCGACGCACCGCCGCCAUGCGCGCGAAGCAGCUGGCGACCGCGGCCGCCGAGAGCGCGCGGCUGACCGAGGCGCUGCGUCGCCAGCGGGAGCACCUGUCCGCCCCCAACACGCGCGCCGCGAGGGCGGCGGCCAGCAUGGCAGCGGCAGCGGAGCGCGCGCUGAGUCAGCUAGCAGCGCGGAGAGCAGCCCGCAGGCUGAAUGCCGAGGCGCUGGACGGUGCGGCGGAUGCGAAGGGUUCGCUGCCGCCCCUGCCCUCGCUGCAGGCUGUCAUCCAGGCCUGGAUUGUGGACCCUGUGCUUUCGCAGCACCGGGCCGUCAGCCGGACCUGCACCAGUUACUUCCUGGACGAGCUGAGACUCUUGGACCACAUCGAGGCCCUUCGCUCUUUCUUCCUCAUGGGCGCGGGGGACUGGGCCGAUGCGCUGGCCGCCGGCCUCAGCGACAGACUGGAGGCCCUGGAGCCGCUCACGCCCUCGUCCCUCGCCGCCUGCCUGGCGCACUCGCUUCGGGCCAGCGGCGCGGCGGCCGUCCCCCGCGCGACGCGGCUGCGCUUGCGGCACGACCCCGCCGCUGCUGCCGGCCUGGCGGGGCAGGUCGCCGCGGGCAAUCUGGGCUCGCCGGCACGGCGCGCUCGCCGGCCCGCAAUGAAAGCGGCGCAGCACUCGCCGCCGCUCCUGGCGCCAGACUGCCUGGGACCUCUGGGCGGCCUGGUGCUCGACUACACCGUCACCUGGCCCCUCUCCGCCGUGCUCACAGAGGAGGUGCGCGCCGCCUUCUCGGCGGCCUUCGACGUGCACCUGCGUGUCAGGCGGGUGCAGCACGCGCUGCGCCCGCUGCGCCUGCACCUCGCGCGGCUGGGGCGGCGCGGGGCGGUGGCGGGUUCCGAACCCGGCCGCGCCUGCCUGCGCCGCCUGCGCUUGGGCCUGGAGCGCGCCGGCCUGCUCUGCGCCGCGCUGGCCUUUACCGACCUGCAGCGGCUGCUGGAGGCGGUGAGGAAUCAGGCACGGGACGUGGCCAUCGGGAUCGCGGGAUUCGAGGCCGCGCCGGGCGUGCGCGGCACGGCGGACGCCGCGCUUGGAGAAGCGAUGGAGCUGGCGGCCCGUGUCCGCCGCUGGCUGGCCCGGGCGGAGCGGUCGCGUGUCGGCUCUGAGGCUUGGGCGGCGACGCUGGGCGAGGCCUGGGGCGACCUGGGGAGCCAGGCAGAGGCCGUGGACGCCGCCUCGGCCCGCCUGGCGCGGCUGUGCUAUGCCCAGGGGCAGCACAGCCCCCUGCACCUCCUGGCUCUGCAGCUGGACUUCAGGGGGCUGCAGGAUCCGGAUGGCAUUCCCCCCGUCUAA